AUGCACUCGUUCCAACCAGUUCAGAUAUGCUUACGGUUGUCUUGUCCGGUUUCGUUCAGUCCCAAUGGCUGCGCUAUAACUUUAAUUCGAUUCAAGCAGCGUUGGCGUUCCCCACAGUCUGAUCUGAUUGUGCAUCGCAUCGCGAAUUCUCUGUUGAAGGGCCAUCAUGUUUCCGCAGACCUGCGACAAUUCACGCUCUCGAGGUUAAAGCCGGUCCGGGCGAUGAUCAUAACUGCCAGCUAUCUCCGUCGUGAUCCUCCUCUGACACCGUGCAUUCCCGUCUUAGUCUUCCUUCACCACCAUAUGGUCGUAUGGCUUCGCCAGUCGCCUCAACAUCCUCCUCAACCAACCUUCUACGCUAUGCAGUCGCCAAAUCGCCACACGUCGACCCAUUCAAUGGCAGCUCUUCCCGCGACUUUUGCAACUCAUUUUGGGGCGAGGGACAUGCGGGGGGUGGAUAUACUGUUUGCGCGAAUGCGAGGAGCCAUAAAAACGACAGAUGACCUCCGCAAAUUCUGGCAAGAACGUGCUGUUAUUGAGGAGGAGUACGCGAAUCGGCUGCUUGAGCUGGCGAAAGUACGGUUAGGGAGGGAUGAAAUCGGCGAUCUCCGCAACUCUCUCGAUACCCUCCUGCUCGAAACUUCCCAACAAGCAACAGCUCACCUCCAACUGGCGACGCAGAUUCGUACUGGCUUUGAAGCAGCGACAACCGAUCUUCUCAAGAAGCAGAUAUCACAUCGGAAACGCUUCCUCACCCCACUCGAGAAACGAUUUGCGGAGAAGCAGACGGCCGAAAGGGUGUUAACUCAGGCACGAGACAAAUACGGAGAUGAAUGCUCAAGGGUAGCAGCAUAUAGCCAACAGCUGCAACAGCCAGCCACGCCUGCAACGCCACAUUACCCAGGCAAACACAUUGAUCAUCUCCACCCACGCGCGGGACCCGGAUUGAAGCGUGCUCAGCUGGCUGUGCAAGUUGCCGAACAAGCCAUCGCUGAAAUGACACGAGCGAUGCUAGAUGGAGAUGGGGGGCCUAAGUGGGAGAGGGAUUGGAAGGAAUUUUGUGACUCGAGUCAGGACAUGGAAGAAGAUAGGCUGGACACCACGAAAGACGUUAUCUGGAAUUACGUCGACGCUGUGUCGACCUUGUGUGUCUCUGAUGAUCAGGCUUGCGAGCACGUUCGAACGGCAUUGGACCAAUUGGAGCCAGAGGUGGACAUUCUGGGCUUCGUGCAUGACUACGGAACGGGGAAUAGCAUUCCCCAACUCAACUCUUCCAAACAACGUCACUCCCAGUACUCUCGCAUUUCAACGCGGCCCGCCCCGCAAUACCAGUCAAACCAGAACUCACCGAACAAAAAAGACGUAUUCCACCGGCCCCGCGAAGGCACAGUCAAUGUUGAGGCGGCUACCGCCAGGCCCAUUGUCGGUGUUCCCGUUCUGAAGACACCAGUGCCUUCCUCGUCAAAGAAAACGAAUAUCAAUACUACCCAACCACAACCACAACCACAACCACAACCACAACCACAACCACAACGGCUAUCAGGACCGCUUCCCGCGCGACCAGCAACAGCAUCAUCCGACCCCGCGCCACUACAACAUGCGCCGCCUACGCCAGAACCACCAGAAGGAAAGGACUCCGAGCGCAUCUUGUUCUAUGUACAAGCAUUAUAUGAAUAUCAGGCCACUUCUCCUGACGAGUUCAACUUCCAACCUGGAGACAUCAUCGCAGUGACCGCGACCCCCCCAGACGGGUGGUGGAUGGGGGAGCUCUUGGAUGAAAGGAGGAGGGUCAAUGGGCGAAAUGUGUUUCCGAGCAACUACGUGACAUUGUUUUGA